CAUUCAAAUUUACUUAUUGUUUACACAAAUAAAGGUAAUUUAUUGUUAUAUUAUUCUCACCGUGCAUCGCACGGGUAAAAUCUAGUGUGAGACAAUAAAAAGACUAGCAAAAAUAAUGGAGGGAAAGCAAUAGGAAGGAUGUUUUAACACAAACACAAACAAAAAAAUCCAUCCAACCGCCAUUGUUCCCUCUCCCUCUCCAAGACCCCAUCCUCCCUCCCACCGCCUCAUUUUCCAAAGAUUUGGAGUGGGGGUUGAAUGUUUCUGGAAUUUCUGCGAUUCAAUUCAUCAUAUGAUUGAUGAAUAUGUAAACCCCCUUGUCAUUGCUUCGAUUGGAUUUUCGAUUUUGUACUUGCCUGUUUAAUUAAUUCAUUUGGGAGAUGGUGAAGAAAUGGAUCAGUUGGGGAAGUAUUCGCAUAGUCCGGCUCAUUUGGCGGUGGCGAGGCGAGAUCAUGCCGCUUUAGAGGAGAUCGUUUCUGCUUUGCCGCGCCUGGCCAAGGCCGGCGCCGUGAACACGGAGGCGGAAUCUCUGGCGGCCGAGAACGACGCCGAUGCGGUAUCCGCCGUGAUCGACAGGCGGGAUGUCCCCGGCCGGGAGACUCCCUUGCACCUCGCGGUCAGGUUGCGCCACGCGAUUUCCGCGGAGAUUCUGAUGUCCGCCGGCGCCGAUUGGAGUCUCCAGAACGAGAAGGGGUGGAGCGCCCUUCAGGAGGCGGUCUGUUUGCGGGAGGAGAACAUCGCGAAGAUCAUCGUGAGGCACUAUCAGCCCCUCGCUUGGGCGAAGUGGUGCCGCCGGCUUCCCAGGAUCGUCGCGUCCGCCUCCCGGAUCCGCGAUUUCUACAUGGAGAUGACCUUCCAUUUGGAGAGCUCCGUUCUGCCGUUCAUCGGGAAAAUCGCGCCGUCCGACACCUACCGGAUCUGGAAAAGGGGAUCUAACCUCCGCGCCGACAUGACGCUCGCCGGAUUCGACGGCCUCCACAUCCAGCGCUCCGACCAAACCAUUCUCUUCCUCGGGAAGGGAUCCGAGGGGAAAAUCACAGCUCUUCCCCCGGGUUCAUUGCUAGUGAUGUCUCACAGGGAAAAGGAGAUAACCAACGCCUUGGAAGGGGCGGGGGCGGAACCGACCGAGUCAGAAGUCGCCCGUGAAGUGGCUUUGAUGUGCAAGACGAACAUGUACCGGCCGGGCAUAGACGUGACUCGGUCGGAACUCGUCCCCCACUCCAACUGGAUGAGGCGGCGCGAGAAGACCGAAAUGGUCGGCGCCUGGAAAGCCAGAGUCUACGACAUGCUCCACGUGAUAGCCAGCGUGAAGUCGCGGCGUGUCCCCGGCGGGAUGACGGACGAGGAGCUUUUCUCGGUGGGCGACGACGGAGACUGCGACGUUCUGACGGCGGAGGAAAGAGUGCAAUUAGAAGAUGCCCUCCGUGGAGGGAAUUCAGAUGAUAUUCUCGAGUACGAAGAGGAUGGCAACAAUUAUAAUAAUCAUAAGGAUUGCACUAAUAACAAUAAAGAAAAGAAGAGUUGGUUUGGUUGGAGUGACAGGAGAAAUUCAUCAAAGCAACAUAUGGCCAACGACGACGAGAAGAAGAAGAAAAAGAACGAAGAAGACAACGACGAUAACAAGUGCAAAAAGAAGAACAAAGGGUCGUCUUCUUCGUGUUCGUCGAGUGAGAGUGAGUAUAAGAAGGGGUUGAGGCCGGUUUUGUGGCUGACUUCCGAUUUCCCAUUGAGAACAGAUGAAUUACUGCCCUUACUUGACAUAUUGGCCAACAAGGUUAAAGCUGUGAGAAGACUGAGGGAGCUUUUAACCACCAAGCUGCCGCCCGGCACAUUUCCGGUCAAGAUUGCUGUCCCGAUUGUGCCGACCAUCCGAGUAGUUGUUACCUUUACUAAGUUUGAGGAGCUUCAGCCAUUGGAAGAGUUCUCAACGCCUCCCUCAAGUCCUACAAACUUCCAAGAUGCCAAGUCCACGGAACCAGCAGGUCCCGACAGCACAUGGACUUCGUGGUUUCAGGUCGGGAGUCGGGGUGAUCAGAGCGAAAGCUGGUGCUGCUCUCAGAAUGAUCAGAUUGACCCCUUCCAAAUCCCGCCGGAUUACACCUGGGUUGACUCCUGUGAGAAGAAACGCCGAAGAAAAGCCGCUAAGAAAGCAAAGUUGAAGAAACUCAAGAAACACAAUCCCUCAACUAAUGGUUAAAAUUGUUUCUCAACCGUUAAGGCCCGUUUGGUGAGAGGUAUGUGACUGAAGUGACCGGAUCUUCUUUUUUUUCAAAAAGGAAAAGUGGCGGGUAACGUCUAUUUCGGCCAUAGUACAGAAAGCUAGCAGCGUACAGCCAAACGCAGCCUUGAUAACUGAAUUCUCUACUUACCACUGUGUAAAUAUACAUAUGUGCCCGUU